UUCCUCCAGAUGACCCUGUCAUUAUGGGGGGCCCCAUCAUCAGCCUGAGGGCAGGGGACCCCCUGAACCUGACGUGCCACGCCGACAACGCCAAGCCAGCCGCCUCCAUCAUCUGGAUGCGCAGGGGAGAAGUCAUCAACGGAGCCACCUAUUCCAAGACCCUCCUCCGUGACGGCAAGCGGGAGAGCAUCAUGAGCACGCUGUUCAUCGCCCCCUCCGACAUCGAGAACGGCGAGAGCAUCGUGUGCCGCGCCACCAACAAAGCCAUUCCCAGCGGGAAGGAGACUUCUGUCACCAUCGACAUCCAGC